CUGCACAUUGAAAUGGAGUCAACAACUUGGGAUGAAAGCAUCUACAACAAUACUUUUGACUACUAUACUCCUGACAAUAGCAGUGAUGUUAGCAACUUGUGUGAGAUGUAUGACUUAUCUCUAUUUAGUAGCCUUCUCACAACUAUCCUGUACUCUCUGGCCUUUUUGUUCAGCCUGCAAGGAAAUAGUCUAGUGUUAUGGAUCCUAAUGAAAUAUGAGAACCUUACGUCUUUAACAAAUGUGUUCAUCAUGAAUCUUUGCAUCUCUGACCUGGUGUUCUCAUGCAUGCUGCCCUUCUGGAUUGUGUAUUCUUUAUACGGCUGGAUUUUCGGGGAUGUCCUUUGCAGGGCUGUAAAUGCUGUUUUCUCCAUCAGCUACUACAGUGGUAUUUUCUGCGUGACCAUGAUGACUAUUCUCCGAUACCUGUUGGUGGUGAACCCCCUGUCAACCCUGAGAACACACACCCGCCAGUACGGUGUUCAGGCAAGCUUGAUCAUUUGGACUUUUAGCAUAUUGAUUGUGGUUCCUGAGAUCAUGUACACCCAGAAACAACCUGAUUUUGAAGACCGCUUUAUCUGCGAUUACAGUGACAAGUACUGGAAGGAUUUGGACCGCUACAUGAGAAUUGUCUCCUUUCUGUUUUCCUUUAUUGUCACUGUAUAUUGUUACCUCAGAAUACUGACAAUUCUACUCAGAUCAAGAUCACAGAGGAAACAGAGAACUGUGAGACUCAUCCUCAUUAUUGUAGUCUCCUUCAUUUUCAGCUGGGCACCUUAUAAUAUAGUCUCUCUUAUGCUUUCUUUUCCAUCUAAAAGCUGUCAGUUUGAGAGGAACAUUAACAUUGCCUUCUACAUCAGUCGCAAAAUUGCCUUCUCCCACUGUUGCCUCAACCCUGUGCUCUACGUAUUCGUUGGGGUCAAAUUCAGAAGGCAUUUGAGGCACCUGUGCAGCCACUAUUGGACAUGCAUGAAUGGUCCAGUCGCCAGCCCCAAGAUUCCUUUUCAUGGCAAGUUCCACUAUGAAGAUGCCUCCAUUUACUGAAGCAAAGUCUGUUCUGUGGUGCAAAUCCUGAGGGAAAUAUUCUAAUUUAGAAAUGCCUUAUUAAUAGCUGAUUUCAGAGGCACUCAUCUAAAAGCCGGGGGGGAAAAGGUGAAGCCAUUUGUUUUGCUUGUAAAUACUCCUUUCUGAACUUUUUAUGCUCUCAUUUACACCUAUUUGUUUCCAUUGCUCUCAGUAGUUUUGCACUGGCAGAAAUCAGAGCAGCAUUUGCCUCUUGUCUCUUCUUGAGUGAAGCCAGGUCUUAGGUCUGGAAUCUGGACUCUCUGAUGUUCUUUUCCCUUUUUUUGUGUUAGUGGGUGCAUCUAUGUGUGUGCUUUACUACAGAGCGGACUCAUAAGCUCCACAGUAAAGCAUGACCAUCUAGACAUGCACCCACAUUAGGGCACAGUAAAUUAAUUAGCUGUGCUGUAGGAUAUUACUGUCCAAGACAAA